AUGGCUGAUACCGAAAAGGCGCCGCAGCCGCAGCCCCAACAGCAGCAGCAACCUGAACAACCACCUCAACCCCAGCAAGCAAAGGCAGCUAAACAAAAGCAGGUCAUUGCUGAGAAGGUUUCGGGCACUGUAAAAUGGUUUAACGUCAAGAGUGGAUAUGGUUUCAUCAAUAGGAAUGACACAAAGGAGGAUGUAUUUGUACAUCAGACAGCAAUCGCCCGUAACAACCCACGCAAGGCUGUGCGCUCGGUCGGCGACGGCGAGGCGGUGGAGUUCGCCGUGGUGGCCGGCGAGAAAGGCCAUGAAGCUGCCGGAGUGACCGGCCCCGGCGGCGAGCCGGUCAAAGGCUCGCCCUAUGCUGCCGACAAGCGUCGCGGCUUCCCACGCCAAUACUACCCACGGCCAGGAGGCGGACGCGGCGGUGAGGGCGCUCCACGCAGAGGUGGUAUGGGACGUCGCGGACCCCCACCCAACCAGGGGGGCGCGCAGGGAGAUGAGGGGCAGGAGGGAGCUGGUGGUCCACCACAGCGUAGCUACUUCCGUCGUAACUUCCGUGGUGGACGCCGUGGUGGAGGUCCCCGACCUAUGUACCGUGGUGGGUACCGUUACGUGCGCACCCGCAAUAACACACAGGGACAGCCGGGUCAAGGGCAGCCUCCGCGCCAGAACGGCCAAGGAGAAGGAGAAGUUCAGGCCUCUGCUUCUGCAUCACCAGCCCAGCCCAAGGCCAAGGCUAAACCUGCAGGCACCACCAUAGAGACCACCACCAACGAGAGCCAGGCC